AUGUCUCCUGAAUCAAAAAAACUUUUCAGCAUAAUUAUUUUGGGAGUCUCAUUUAUGUUUAUAUUCACUGCUUUCCAAACAUGUGGAAAUAUUGCGCAAACUGUUAUCACAAAUUUAAACAAUACGGAUUUUCAUGGCAGUGGCUACACAAGCAUGUCCAUUAUUUAUGGAGUAUUCUCUGCAUCAAAUCUUAUAUCACCUUCAGUGGUUGCAAUAGUAGGACCUCAACUCUCCAUGGUUGUUAGUGGCAUAUUUUAUAGCCUAUACAUUGCAGUUUUUAUCCAACCUGCUACAUGGGCUUUCUACACUGCUUCUGUUUUUAUUGGCAUUGCAGCUGCUGUACUCUGGACGGCACAGGGAAACUGCUUGACUGUAAAUUCUGAUGAAAACACCAUUGGAAGGAACAGUGGAGUAUUUUGGGCACUCUUACAGUCCAGCUUGUUUUUUGGAAACCUCUAUAUAUACUUCGCUUGGCAAGGAAAAACUCUCAUAUCAGAGAGUGAUCGCAGAACUGUCUUCAUUGCUCUGACUGUUAUCAGUCUUGUGGGCACAGUUCUGUUCUUUCUGAUUAGGAAACAAGAGGACACAAAAGCUCCAGGGGAGGAAGAUUCUGCUAAUGAACAAGUAAUUUAUUUUCCCAGGUCUGCACAAAACAAAAUGACGAGAGCAGUAGCUGCCUUCAAGAAAUCUAUAAAGCUGAGCUUCACCAAAGAGAUUAUGCUUCUCAGUGUUACAACAGCCUACACAGGUUUGGAAUUAACGUUCUUUUCUGGAGUAUAUGGAACAUGUAUUGGUGCUGUGAAUAGGUUUGGUAGUGAAGAGAAAAGCCUUAUUGGUCUCUCUGGUAUUUUUAUUGGUGUCGGAGAAAUUUUAGGUGGAGGAAUCUUCGGUUUGCUGAGCAAGAAUAAUCGCUUUGGCAGGAACCCUGUUGUGAUGCUAGGCAUCGUUGUCCAUUUCAUAGCCUUUUAUUUAAUUUUUUUCAACAUGCCAAAUAAUGCCCCUAUAGCUCCUAUGGAAGGAACAGAUGAUGUUGCUUACAUGAUUCCAAGCAAAGAGGUGGCCAUAUUCUGCAGCUUUCUGUUGGGCCUGGGGGACAGCUGCUUUAACACCCAGCUCCUCAGUAUUUUAGGAUUCCUGUAUUCAGAAGACAGUGCUCCUGCCUUUGCCAUCUUUAAGUUUGUUCAGUCCAUCUGUGCUGCAGUUGCGUAUUUCUACAGCAACUAUUUCCUUCUGCAGUGGCAACUCCUGAUCAUGGUGGUUGUGGGCUUCUUUGGAACAAUUACAUUCUUUACAGUGGAGUGGGAAGCAGCAGCAGCUCUCGUUGCUCGUGGCUCUGAAUACAGCAGCAUUUGAUCCUAGUCCAACAUAAGGAAAAACACAGGCACCUUUAUUUUGAAGUGAUGUGAGAAGGUGAAAAGAUCAAGUUGCGGCAGAGGUUAAGAUGGAGGAAGAUACUACUAAAUCACCAUCAGUCUAACUGAAUGUGCAACAUAAGAGAAAAAAUGCCAGAUUUGAAAGGCUUUUUUCUUGCUUUAAUCAACUGAGUGUGGUAUGCGUGUUCUUAAAAAUCUGGUAUUAGAAAUGGCAGGAAAUGUAGAGAUCUAUGUAUUGAACAAGUCUGUUCUGAGACAUACCUUUCAGAAUGUAAUUGCCUAAUUUCACCCUACCGUGCACUAUGGAAUUACAGUUUUGUAUUUCCCUUAAAUUAUUUUUCUUAUAUUCUAGUUCUGCAGACACUUGAAUUCUUGUCUUGAAUGAGUCUUACUUUUAUAAGGUACUACAUUAUAUUGCAGAAUGUGUCUGCACAACUGAGAAAUCCGUUUAUGUCACUGACUUUUUCAACAAUUAGAUAUGCAGAAGUAUUUCUGUGGGAAAUGUUGCUGCCUUAUUCUAUAUCACCCAGUUCUUUGUUUCCCAACCAUUUGUGUUUUAAUCUAUUUCAUGUGCUUAAAUUUUAUAAGAUGCAGGUGUUUUUUUCUUGAAGAACGUGAAUCAGGUUGUGGUGUGACAUGAAAGACUUUAUAAGAAUUUGAAGACAUUUCCCUUAGCAAUCUUAAAGAUGUGAUCCCUGAGAUCUGUGAAGUAUUGAUGAUUGAAAACAGUCCCUUGGUUCAGCAUCUCAGAAUUGAGCUGUGUUGGGAUAGCUGCUGAAACUUUCUCAGGGUAAUGCUAUAUGAAGGACCAUAAGACAUGGCUUCCCUCCUAGACUCCCAAAUAGUUCGUUUGAGUUCAAUGAAAUUUCUUCAUAAUCUGUGAUGAGAACAUUGUCUAAGAUAAAUUUUAAAGUACAAAUAGACUCAGAAUGUGAACUGUAAGAAUAAUCUUGCAGUGUUUAUUCUACUGCAUAGUUUAAAAAUACCUAAAAUGCUUGACCGAAGUUGUUUCAUUCGGUAUAUUUUGGGAAGACUGUACUGUAAUUGUAUUCUGCCAAAUGUGAAAACGAGGAUACUAGCAUAGUAAGUUUUAAUCCAAAACUGUUAUAGAUGAUACAACACAGGCAGUGAAUGCAACUCACCCUGA